AUGACACGAACAACGGUGACGCUAGUUUCGCUCUGGCUGUGUUUACUGCUGGACGGCAUUUGGACUGCAACUGGUGACGUAACGACGACGACGGAACCCACCACGACAACCUCCAAAAUGGCUGAGCUGCAACAGGUUUUCGCACAGCACGAGGUGAUUCCCGACGUGAUCGAUGCUGCACCGAAAGAGUUUGCCAAGAUCACCUAUCCGAGCGGUGUAACUGUCGACGGUGGUAACGAGUUGCGUCCGACACAGGUGAAGGAUCAACCGCGUGUCGAAUGGACGGCUAAACCGGACGCCUACUACACGCUGUUCAUGGUUGAUCCGGACGCACCAAACCGCAAGGAACCAAAGUUCCGCGAAAUUGGCCACUGGUUGGUGGGUAACAUUCCCGGAACGAAGGUCGAGGAUGGUGAUCAUAUGUAUGCGUUCGUUGGUUCUGGCCCACCGAACGGUUCCGGGCUGCAUCGGUACGUGUUUCUGGUGUAUGAGCAACCGGCCGGACGGAUCGACUAUACGAAGGCACCGCGCGUCUCGAACCGCAGCCGUAACCAUCGAGUAAACUACAACCAUCGUGAGUUUGUGAAGCAGUACGGGCUUGGGGAGCUGGUGGCCGGAAACUUCUAUCAGGCACAGUACGAUGACUACGUACCGACGCUGCACGCUCAACUAUCGUCCGGAACCGAGUAGGCGAGAUGCUAAG